AUCUUACAUAAUUUUAGUUAUGAUGCCAAAUCUGUGAGCUACUAGAUAUCAGAUGGGGCGUUAGAGUAAGUUUACUCGUGUGACAUGGUUCCCCCAAUUUCUCAUCACCGAGACUCCUAUCCAAAGCUAGCAAGCUACCUUUGCAUUCUUCAGCUACUACUCCUAAAGUGUCAACACAAAUUUUGGCCUAACCAUGGUUCCCUUUCUUCACUUCUCUUUUCUAUCUCAAAAUGCCCACAUGAAUGGCAUCUGGGUUUUUGCAGCCCUCCAUAGGGGCGGCAAGCGCAAAGAAUUGUCCGAAAUUGACGAGCUACUCGUGCAUUUUUAGUUUUCCGGAGAUGAAUUCAUCACAUUGGUCUAUUGGAAAACUACCCCAACUUCUUCAUUGUACUUUACCUUUGCAGCCUUCUGAGCCGGUGGUAGAUUGCCUGGAGCAUUCUCCAACUAAAAACAGAAGAAAUAAGCAGCCUCGUCCAGAAAAUCUAUCUUGUAAAAUCCACUCAUGUUCCUGCAAACAAAAAAAAUAUUACUAA